CCAUCUUCAAUUAUCUUCAGAUGCUAUGCUUUUAGCAGGGGUGAAGGACGGUUCAAUUAAAAUGUGGCUCACUCCGUGUAAAAUUUUGUGCGUUUUAAAAUGUUUCGGCAGCUGAUAUUUUCUGUAACAUUCAUUUUGUUUUUAUCCUUUCAACAAAUCUUAUCAAGAGUCGAACGAAAAUACGAACCAGUCGCACCUUUGGAUGUUUCACCUCCAUUAUCAGUCCCUGAGCACAUACCGAGGCCUGAAUACGUGUACACUGGUAAAGAUGAAAAGGUACCCAGAAAAAUUUUAAUAAAAAAUGCCACCGAGAUCGCAGCCAUAGCAGAAAGUUGCAUCAUUGCCAGAGAUGUAUUGAAAAUGCUUGGAUAUGCUGUUCGUGUAGGGACGACUACUGACGAAUUGGAUGCACGUGCUCAUCAACUGAUCAAACUAAGAGGAGCAUAUCCAUCACCUCUGAAUUAUUCCGGCUUUCCCAAAUCCAUCUGCGCUUCGGUAAACAACAUAUUUAUUCAUGGAAUUCCGGACAGCAGACCUUUACGAAAUGGAGACAUAGUAACCUUGGAUAUCUCAGUUUAUUACAAAGGAUACCACGGAGAUUGUGCUGAAACAUUCUUGGUGGGAAAAGUAGACGAGGCGGGAAGAAAACUAGUGCUAGCUACUCGAAACAUAUUGCAAACUGGAAUCGAUUGUUGUGGUCCUGGAGUUCCAUUUUAUACAAUUGGUCAUCGAAUAGCACAAGCAGCAGCUGAAAAAGGUUACGUGGUAAUGCCACAAGUUUUGGGGCAUGGAAUUGGACGAUACUUUCACGAAAAGCCAGAUAUUGUCCAUGAUGAAAGUGCAAGUUUAAACGCAGUUAUGAAGCCUGGAAUGAUAUUCACCAUUGAGCCAGCGAUUGGCGAAGGUACCAGAAAUGCGAUGCUUUUCCCCGACAAAUGGAGUAUUACUACUGAAGAUUAUUCUAGAGCUGCUCAUGCCGAGCAUACAAUUUUGAUAACAGAAAAAGGACAUAAAAUUUUAACAAAAUGAUUAGUAUUUUAAUAAUUUUUAUACUUUUAUGAUUUGAAUAAAAAAUUAUACUUUUUCAAAAUAUCAAAAA